CAAUGCUUCUUGAAUCUAAAGGCUGGAAAACUGCGCAAUCAAUUGUACAACAACUUGGUCAAAAAUUAAAAAGUAUUACUUCAAAUUUACAAAAUACACAUAAAAAGUUAUCCCAGGUACAAGCAAAAAUUUUAAUAUUGCAAGAACUAUUAGAAAAUGAAUCUAAUUCAUCAAAUGAUAAAGAAAUUUAUUCUAAUAGUGAUAAUGAAUCGGAAGAAAUAACAAAAACUUUAAAAGAAUUAAUACAAUAUCUUAUUACUAAAGGAAAAUUAGGAUCAAGCAAUCAUGAUAGUAGUAGCCAACAAAUGGAACAUGCAAAUCUUAUAAAUAUAAUUAGUAAAAUUACACCUACUCUUUGUGAAUAUAAUAUUUUAUUAGAUAUUGCUGUUGAUAGUGAUUUAAAUUUUUAUACUAAAAGUGUCUAUGCUGCUGUUGCAAGAUCACAAAAUCCUGAUAUUGAAUCUCCAACUGAUAAUGAUUUGUAUUUAAUGCAAAACGAAAUAUGUGCAGAUCAUCUUUCUGAUAAACACCAAAAUUGUUGGCCUGAAAUUUGCUGGAAAGUUAAAAAUCCAGAAAUUCAAUUGGUUAAUCUGAAUUUAGUUGAAUAUACUCAAAAUCAA